UUUCCAGCCGCCACAGCCUCCCUGUCUUCUUCCCCCACGCGCAGCAGCACCUUCUUCCCCAGCGCGCAGGGAGCUCGGCUCCCUUCCUCUCCAUGGCGCCCAAGCCCUUCUUCCUCAAGCCGGCGCCCAAGCAUGCUCCCUCCCCUGCCCUUCUUCUCCCAUGGGCGCGAGCUCCACCUUCCCUGUUUUGGACGCCACGCAGAAGCUCCUCCAUGGCAGGCGCCCAGGCGAGCUUCCCCCCAUGGCGCUCGGCUCCCUGUUCCCUGGUGCCCUGUGGUUGCCCCCUUCUUCACCUGGACGCGCGCACCCCUCCUCCGGCUCGCCUCCCUUCAGGCAGGACCAGCUGCAGCUCUGCGCUCCACCUCCCAUGGCGCCCCUGCGACUUCCAUGGCCGCCAGCCCUCCCUGCGAGCUCAGCUCCUCCCCAUUCAUGGCGCCCCCUGCUCUUCCCUGCCCAGCCAGGAAACGCCCAGGCCAGGAGUGCCUUGAGCUCGCCCCUGCUCCUCUCUCUCUACCAAGCGCCCCCCUGCAAUCUUCCCCAAGCUGUCUUCCUCCUCUCCCCAACGGCGCCCUCCUCUUUUCCUCUCUGUUCCAGACCGGCAUCAGGGCAGUGCGCGCAAACUCUCCCAGCCAAGGACAGCACCAUCCCCUCCCCUGCUGCUGCUCGCCCCCUACCUCCUUUUCCCCUAGUGCGACAGCAAGGAACCCCUGUUCUGCCGGCAGCCAUGGCAUCCAAGUUCUCUGCGCAGCGAUGUCGGUCCAAAACAGCAGCCUCAGAUCCCCUCCGCAUCGCGUGCUUCGCUCGAUCUGCGUAGUCCCGACCCACGCCGUCGCGUUGGUGUUUGGGGACAGCCCAUGUCGUGUCGUUGAUCUGCGCAGUUCGACCGUCUACGCGUCUCACUUCGCCGGAUCUGCGCAGCCCCAACAUCGACGUCGUUCACCCCGGUGAGACGACGAUGAUCUUUGUUUGAUUCCACAUCGGCAUUGUUCUCCGGUGAUUAAAUUGUGUAUAUGUGCUGUUUUGUUUUAUUUUGUGGAGGCGAGGAACCCCAUGUUUUGCGUGGAGAAGAAGGCAAGACGUCAACGCUCGUCGGAUGUUUGGAGCGAUGCACAAAUCGGAAUCACCGUCAUUCUUGCAAACACCGUGUGGGUUUGU